GUGCGGCCCGCGCGGUGUGGCGGCGGCAGUCGCGCCGUGCACAGUGCUGCGAUCGCUGAGGUGUUCUCGCCUGUUUUCUUGUUCUCCCACCAGUACUGUGAAAAUGUACUCGGAUUCUGAUUCCGAAUACGAAUUGGAUGAAUCCGUGACUAUUGGUGAUGUCUUCGACGAUAUCGGUCAUGUUCCACCAAACUCCAACAACUGUUCGGAAGAUGAAGGAAUUAGGGACGUACAAAGUGAAGAUGACCUAGAAAUGGCCUCUUGCAGUAGCGACGUUGACGAACCGGUACUGAUCUCUGUCGAUUCGCUAAAGUUUGGCUUCUACGAAACCGAAAGCACUGGUGUUCUACGCGUUACUCAUCGUAAUAUCAACAUCCUCGAGAUCAUACUUGAGCCGAACGCGAUAGAGCUUCGAUUCUCGAGCAGCGAUCCUGAUGACAAACUUCUGAAGAGAUACGGUGAGGUUCAAGGCACUACAUUUGCAUGGCGUGUUCAGCUUGCAGGUCUAAUAGAAACGGAUUCGUUACAGAUCUGCUCGAAGGGACGCGAGUUUGUAAUGCGUAAACAAGAAGGUGGUCAGUGGGGCAGGCUGAGCAGCUCGGCUUCCGCUAUCCGUUCCAGUAAUUACACAACACCACGUAAUUAUGGCCCCAGCUUGAGCUCGUAUCGCUACUCUGCUUCGUCGUACACACCAUCUUCUAGGCCACCAGCGCCUAGCUCUGCUGGCGUCAAUGAACCAAGCUAUGCGUCUGGUAGUAUGACCUUGACAAGGUCUGGCACUUCCUCGGCAGCUACAGGAAGUGCACUGACGCGCUCUUCGUCAGUAUCUCCUGGGUAUCAGAGGUCGCUGUACACGACGCCAGCAGCUGCGCGUAGCUCUGUUUUCUCACCAUCAACGUUUGUAGGUGGAAAUGCGCAGAGCUAUGGGACUGGCGCAGGAGCUCGUUCUUACUCUACUAUGGGUCAUAGCCCAUCCAGCUACACCUUAUCAUCUGCUGCUUCCGGCCCUCCAGUGGCAGCAGUUGGUAGCAUGACAUCUCAAAAUAAUGCGGCAAAUAAUUCACCACCCACAACUGUACGCAGCAGGUCGUCUUCGGCUAUUGCCAGCUAUCGAAGCGUCAAUGUCGCUCAACUAAAUCAGCAAGCCCGUGAGAGAGCCGAACGUGAUGAGAAAAUGCGAGAAUAUAAAGAAUGGGAAGAACGUGAACGUUUGCGUAACGAAAUGGAAGAACCACCCAUUGCCGACUACAGGAAGAAAUACACUGGUCGUUCGAGUGCUGGAGCCACUCCUACAACAUCACCUGGCUAUGCCCAAUUCUCAAAAGCUGUAUCGUCACGAUCGGAACUCGCCGCCGCUGGGACCUUGCCACGUCCCGAUUAUGCAGGAAACGGCGCAGUUCCAGUGCCACCUGUUCCCGCUGAUCCGCCAAGAUACACUUCAUCGUACACUGGAUACAAGCCAACUGCCACGGUGCAACCGUUUGAGGAUCGUGGUGUAGCCAGUGUACAAUCUGGCUUUACUGGUCUGCGCAACAUUGGGAAUACAUGCUUCAUGAAUGCUACGCUGCAAAUGCUGGUAAACAACAUUGAACUAAAAACAUACUUCUUGGAAAAAUACUACAAAAUGGACAUCAAUCCGAAUAAUCCACUUGGAUUCAGGGGCCGGCUUGCUGAGGCUUUUGCAGAUUUUAUGAGGCACAUGUGGAAUUGUCAGAAUCGCGCUAUCGAACCGGCUAAGAUAAAGGAACUUGUCGCCGAAAAAGCAUCUCAGUUUGCGAACUUUGCUCAACAUGAUGCGCACGAAUUUCUAUCAUUCUUGCUGGAUGGCCUUCAUGAAGAUCUCAACCGGGUGAAGGCAAAACCACUCACAACCACAGUUGAGGGAGAUGGCAGAUCGGAUGUUGAUGUGUCAAAUGAAGCUUGGUACAAUCACACACUCAGAAACGACUCUAUAUUUGUGGACUUAUUCCACGGUCAACUGAAAUCUCGUUUGCAGUGCCCGAAAUGUGACCGAGUGUCCAUAACUUUCGAUCCUUUCGUAUACCUACCAGUGCCCUUUCCGAAAGUCAAGAAGUCGACAACCUUGUAUUUUUGGCCUAUAGAUCCUCUUCUGAAACCUCUGGAGAUUACGGUGCAGUAUUCAUCUGAGGGUACGGUGCAAGAUCUUCUUGCAGCUCUUUCUGAAGUCGUGCGAGUGCCCACAAAAGCUCUUCGUCUUGUUGAAGUAUUCAGCCACCGCAUACAGAAAAUCUUCUCGCCUUUUGACAAAGCUAGUGAUAUCUGCAGUGGAGAUGUGCUAUAUGCUUUCCAAGUUCAUGAUGCGGCAGACUGCAAUGAGCCAGUGAUUGAAUUGCUGGUCGUACAACGGCAACUCUACUCAUCAACGCUUCGUUAUGCUUGCAAUGAAUGUGGCAGGAGUACGGGCAGACUAAAGGCAUGCGAAGCUUGCUACAAUGCCUACUAUUGCAAUAAAGAGUGUCAGCUAGCAAACUGGAAUACAGGAGGUCAUCGUGAUGAAUGCCGCAGAAGAACUACGGCUGACUAUGUUGGACAACCAUUCAUGGUCUCUCUCCCUCGUAGUCAGUUGACCUACCAACAUCUGAAUCGUGUACUUGAGGCACGAUGCAGAUUUUCUGUUGACAUCUUCCAACCGCCGCAACUUUCUAACUCGAGCGAAGAAAAUGAUUCGUCCACUCGUGAAGUCAGCGAGAAUGGCACACAAGAGGAUAAGAAGGUUGGCGCACCGCCGACACUGCUUCGCACCAAUGCAUCGCCCUCGCCGUCACCUUCAUCAACGGCUGGAUCAACACCUCGCAGGCAAACUGUUUUGCCAGAACAACGCAAAAAACCGGAGUUCAAAAUGUUCCUUGUGCGAAAACUCGCUGAUCAAGCCCAUGUGCUUGGUGAUACUAUUGUUGAUGACAAAACAGGAGAGCCUCUCGAUAUUGAGUCAGGAACAUAUCUUUCGAUUAAUUGGUAUAAUCUUCGUAACGGAAGACCAUUCAUGAGCGUAGAAAAUAGAAGAAAUCUGCAAAUUGAUACUGAAAGAUCGGAGCAGCUCGCCAAGCACCUCAGGAAGUUUGCUUCGGGAACAUCUGGCGAUCCUACGCUCCAUGACAUGCUGGGCAUGUUCUCAGAAACGGAGCGGCUAAAGCCGGAAGAAUCAUGGUAUUGCAACAAAUGUCGUGAUCACGUAGAAGCUACGAAAAAAUUGGAGCUGUUCCGUUUGCCGCCUGUACUUAUAGUGCAGUUGAAAAGAUUUGUAUAUACAGCCACGUACCAAACAAUGCAUCGUAGAAGUAAGGACGAACGCAGAGUUAUCUACCCUAUAUCUAAUCUCGACAUGUCUCCCUUCUUGGCAGAAACAGCGCCAGAUCAUCAGAAUACUAUUUAUGAUUUAACCGGUGUUGUUUGCCAUUCUGGUAGUAGCUACUUUGGACAUUAUGUUAGUAUUGGGCGUCUUGCUGGUUUUGACUCUACCGAAACUGUAGUUGACUGGCGCCUGUUCGAUGAUUCGAUCAUAUCAAAGCAAUCCCUCAGCAAUGUACAAUCUGAUGAUGCCUACUUACUCUUUUACAAACAGCGCGGCGUGCCUACGAAGUCGAUAUUCAGAAAGCACUACUCUUGUGAUCCUACCGAAAAAGCGGAAACGGAUUCCAACUUAUUGACCACAUCUGUGACCGCAUUAUCAGUGAACAAAAUCAACGGCAACCCCGAACCAAUGCAAGAUGGAGAGAUUAGCGAAUGA